AUUAUUAAUUCACCGUCGCCUCUAUUGUCAGCAACUCACCGUAUUACAACUCUACACAACCUACAAAACCACCUCGACGACCACAUCUACGCGAUUUCCCAUUCCAAUCUUCAACAACACUCGGUAAUCUUGCAUCACUUUCCCUUUGAUACCCCACCAUCUCCAAUCACCAACCAUCACAAUGGCCGACGCCCACACCUACGAGUUCAACGUCACCAUGAGCUGCGGCGGCUGCUCUGGCGCUAUCGACCGCGUCCUCAAGAAGCUCGACGGCGUCGACAGCUACGAGGUCUCCCUCGAGAACCAGACCGCCAAGGUCAUCACCGCCCUGCCCUACGAGACCGUCCUCACCAAGAUUGCCAAGACUGGCAAGAAGAUCAACUCGGCCACCGCCGAUGGUGUCGAGCAGUCGAUCGAGGUUCCCGCCGCUGCCUGAGUGCUUCCAUAAUGCAAUGCGAGCCGAGGCGAGCCGAGAGGAGGGAAGCGAGACAAAAAUGAUCCAUCUGAAUAUCUGUUAGCUUUGCAAGCGCUUGGGAAUAGUUUCGGUGUUUUGCGGCCCUGCCAAAGGAAGGGAAUGCGGGAGGAGAUUCUGUUUUUGACCCGGUUUAUACAUAUCAAUGCAAACUGUUGGCUGUAUCACUACUGCCAACAUAGCCCCUCAAUUGCUGCACAGCUUGACUAUGC